AGCUAUACACCUCGGCUAGAGAGCAGCACAAGUCUCUCCCGGACAGCUCCUUACCAGACAGCAACAGCCCCCCGUCUAUACGAGUGGGAUAUGGUGUAAGGAACUCUUCAUCAUUGAAAAUAUCAGGAUUGGCUUAUAGAACAAGAAACUCUCCAUCAUUUUGAGUACCAGGUUUAGUUGAAACUUUUCAGCUACUUUUUGGUGUUGGAAGAACUCAAUGCAGAAGCCGUAAAACAUGGGGAUUUGCAGCAAACGCAGAAAUUUCAAAGCCACUGAGGACGUUGCUGAAAUGAGAAAAAGGCAGCAGUCGCAAAAUGAAGAAACCUCUGUUGUAUCUCCAGCUCCUAGUGGGAACCAAAGACCAAACACGUGUUGCUUUUGUUGGUGCUGUUGUUGCAGCUGUUCAUGCCUCACUGUUAGGAAUGAAGACAGAGGGGAGCAUUCAGGAAGAUCGACGCACACAGCAAAAUUGGAAAGCAUACAGGUCGAAGAAGAAUGCCAAAAUCCUGCUUCAGAGGAAAUUCUGUCUUGGUCCCACAACUUUGACAAGAUGAUGAAAAGUCCAGCAGGAAGGAAUUUUUUCAGAGAAUUUUUACGCACAGAAUACAGUGAAGAAAAUCUUCUUUUCUGGCUUGCAUGCGAAGAUUUAAAGAAUGAACCGAACAAGAAAGUAGUUGAAGAAAAAGCUAGGAAUAUUUAUGAAGAUUACAUCUCUAUACUAUCACCAAAAGAGGUCAGUCUUGACUCGAGGGUGCGGGAGGUAAUCAACAGAAAUUUGCUGGAUCCUACUCCUCAAAUGUACGAUGAUGCCCAACUUCAGAUUUAUACCUUGAUGCACAGGGACUCUUUUCCAAGGUUUUUGAACUCACAAGUUUACAAGACUCUUCUGGAAAGUACAGAAGUAUCAACCACUGAAUCUUAGCUGAUUUUUUAUUCACAACUUAUUUGUUUGUUGAUGUUUUAUUAUAAUUUUUUAACAUUUUAUUUUGCUUGUUUGUUAAAUAGAACAAAUAUGUAGUUUAAUUACAUCAGACACUGAGUUCCUGGAGAACUCCAGUCAUGCACUACUCAGGCUACUGUGAAGAAUUAAAAACAGAACCUUCUGUUCUUUGUCUCCAUUUUCCCAAGGCCUUUCAUGCUUGAGUUUAAGUUAUGAUAAAAGAAUCAACACUGGAAUUGACACAUUUGUCAUGUACAUAGUUCACUUGACUAUACAAUGACAAUAUGUUUGGUGGACUAUGAACAGACUCCUACUGUUAUCUAAUAUCGCAUGUACGAGCGUGCAAGAGUACACACUGUCUAUUACUCACCACGCAGCUGUCUAACCAAUUAUAUUAACUAUAUUUUUAGAGUCACAUUAUGUGCA